AUGAUCUCCCUGGCCGGAGGGGCUCCCAACACCUUCCCCUUCCAGUCCUGCUCCAUCCAGGUGAAGAAUGGGGACAGAAUGGUUUUUGAAAUGCUUGUCAAUCCUGGAGACGGUCUACUCCACGCAUCUACCUACUCUGGAACUCUCGCUGCAGUAAGAAGCACUUCUCUUUCUCUCACAAACACUCCUGGUGACCAGCACGGUAUGAUCCUGGGGGGUCUGAAGGAGGUGCUGUCCCAAUGGGACCUGGCAGAUGUCCACAAGCCAGACAGCACCGUACCCAGGGUCCUCUACACCAUCCCCAAUGGAGGAAACCCCACCGGGGCCUCCUUGACCACCCAGAGGAAGAGGGAGAUCUUCAAGCUUGCCAGACAGUAUGACCUCCUUGUUAUCGAGGAUGACCCCUAUUACUUCCUACAGUUUGAAAAGGCUGCUCCUCCCACGUUUCUCUCCAUGGACGUUGACGGGGGGAUCAUCAGGACAGACUCCUUCUCAAAGAUCCUGUCGUUAUGGUGA